GGAAAAGGUCGCUCAUAGGUGCGGACGCAAAGAUGGCGGAAGAAGAGAGCCAGUUAGAGGAAUUUGAACAAAUAGACUUUUUGAGAGAUCGCCAUGUACGGUUUUUCCAGAGAACUCUUCAGGUUUUGCCCGAGAGAUACGCCUCUCUGGAGACAACCAGGUUGACUGUGAUGUUUUUCGCCGUGUCUGGUUUGGACGUGCUGGAUGCUCUGGAUGUGAUCGACAGGAACAACAUGAUUGAGUGGAUCUACUCUCUCCAAGUCCUGCCCACGGAGGAUCAAUCCAAUCUAAGUCGUUGUGGGUUUCGAGGAUCCUCACAUAUUGGAAUUCCUUACAGCGUUAAGGGGCCAGGUGUGCUCCAUCCAUAUGACAGUGGUCAUGUAGCCAUGACCUACACUGGGCUGACCUCACUACUAAUACUAGGUGAUGACCUGAGCCGGGUCAACAAACAGGCUUGUCUGGCUGGUCUCAAAGCACUGCAGCUAGAGGACGGCAGUUUCUGCGCCGUGCCAGAGGGAAGUGAAAAUGAUAUCCGGUUCAUCUACUGCGCUGCAUGUAUCUGCUACAUGCUGGACGACUGGUCAGGCAUGGACAUCCAGAAAGCCAUAGAGUACAUCAGAGGAAGUAUGUCGUACGACAACGGGUUUGGUCAGGGAGCUGGGCUCGAGUCUCAUGGCGGCUGGACGUUCUGUGCCAUCGCCUCUCUGUGUCUGAUGGGUCGCCUGGAGGAGGCGCUGAGUCAGCGGGAGCUGGACAGGAUUCGGCGCUGGUGUAUCAUGAGGCAGCAGAGCGGCUUCCACGGCCGACCCAACAAACCUGUAGACACAUGCUACUCCUUCUGGGUGGGAGCUACACUAGAGCUUCUGGAUGUGUUCCAGUACACAAACUAUGAGAAGAACAGGAACUACAUCCUAUCUACACAGGAUCGGCUGGUUGGGGGUUUUGCUAAGUGGCCAGACAGCCAUCCAGACCCUCUCCAUGCCUACUUAGGGCUGUGCGGUUUGUCUCUGAUCGGGGAGCCGAAUCUGAGGAAGGUCCACCCAGCUCUUAACAUCACCCAGAGAGCCUUUCAGCACCUCCAGCAGCUGCAGCAGACAUGGAGGGACAAUGCAGGCACCUGUACCUGACAGCACUGACAAAAGGAUGACUACAGCUCCAAACAGGUUUUGGGGAUCAGGAACGUUUUUAUAGACUCCAGUUACACAGUCAGAACUUCCUGGAACGAAAUACGAGUCCACCUAAAGUGACAUUUUUGUUAAGCAAUAUAAGUCAGACCUUUCUCGCUGCCUUUUACUAGACGACAAUGGUAAAUAAUAGACAGUAGAAUUUGUCUGUUGAUAGUGCGAUAACAUUUUUGUGCCAGAAAGUAAAAUCUGAGUCACUGGAGGCUUGAAGACAUUCCAGAUGCCUCAACUUUGCAACAUUUUUUUGACAGUUACGGUUUUGGACAAUACCUGCUUACCAGCCAGGGAUGUAGACUGCUGAUCCCCUCUCUAUGGACAAUAACAAACCUUAUCCAGUGUCAUUCAGAAUCCCACGUUGAACCCAGACGUGGUCUGGGGGAAGAUCUCAAGUGGUUCUUCAGAUUGUUGUGGAGUCAAAGGGGAGCUUCAGCAGCCUAAUGUUUUUGACUGAGCAGUUAUAAUUUUAUAUGAAGUGAUUAGCUAGGCUAUUUUGCUAUCGCUGCCUCAUGUCCCUUUAAUUUGGGAUGAAAGUUUGAAACCCUGCAGAUAAACCACAUUCUCAGACAAAGAAAAUCACUCCAAGGCACUAUCCACCUUACACUAUAUAGCCUAAUAUUUGGUACCUUGCUUUCAUAAACCGUCCAACAACAAGACCCGUGUACUCUCCUUGAACUUCUCCAAAGCCUCCAGCUUUCCAGUCCCAGUGCCUUGCAGGUCCAUUCCCCCAAGUCCCUCCCUACUCUCUUCAACUUCCUGCAUCUGUUUCACUGAAGGCUUUCUUCUGGUAUUUGGAGAGGAUGAAGUGGUAAUGGUAUCAGUGGGGCAGAUUUCAAGUAGAGGUAGCUACAACUACGCAACAACCUUUCAGAGCAAAUCUAUAAUUGUUGGAACGUAUCCAAAAUCUCCUACCCAACAACAAAAAAAUAAAUAAAAAUAAAAAAAUAAAAACAACUAUUUGACCUCAGCUAAGCUCUUAUCUUCACAGAAGAACAUAGAGAAUAUAUUUCAUAUUUUUCUUGAGGCAAACAGAAGCAGGAGGUGGGCUUCUUGAGGGACUUAAAAACCAAGGGGAGAAUCCUGGAUUCCCUGCAAGGCAGUAGCUGUCCUUUUUAACAGCAGAUACUAGCCGGACAGCCCCUGGCUACUCCACUCAAAACUGAACUGAGCACCCUCCACCCUCCACCCCACACCCCACACCCAACACCCCCACCACCACCACCUUCCUCACCCCCUGCGAGCUACUAACAUCUCUAGAAACAAUGAUAGAAGGAUGAGACUUUGGCAUCAUAAAGAUGAGGAAAUGUAUUGCUUUUGUAAACAGCACUGGGAAUUAAAUGUUGAUUUUUUUUUUUUUUUUUUUUUUUUUUAACAGAAAAGAUAUAGGGCAAAAAACAAAAUAAUGCACAUGAACAGAGCUUCAUUAAAUAUGAUGCCAAGAGUCUAAUUAUGGAAACUGUUUUCUAUGGUGCUGUUGAACCCUGUUGAACCUUGAAUCCUCACACUUGUAGCCAUAUACAAUUCACCCUGUCGACUCCAUUGUUACUAAAGCACAAAUCAGUUUUUCAUUGCCUACACAUAGCUCAAAGGUAUGGUAGAACAACACAGAGCUAUAAAUUAUAUCCUAGUUGUGGCACAUAGAGGCAACCAGCUUUGUUGUUUGUGUGCCAACAGUGGGGAUGGAUAAAUCUUAAAAUGGUGACAAGGUAGGCACUGAAAUAAUGAGUUAUGCUCAACUUGCUCUGCUUGCAUCCUCCUCGCUCCGAGCCUCAGAUGCUCAGACACUGAAAUUUCCUGCCCCCCCUGCUGAAGCCACACCCUUUCCUUUUUAAGACUACUGCCACUGCGACCACCUGCUCCCCAAGAUGACAAGUGAGAGGGAGACAGUAUCAUCACAGCAGGUCAGACAGUACAAUGGUCUCAGUCUGCAACAUGUCGCCUGCGAGAGACUACACUCCCAUCCUUUCUACGCAUGUGUGCAGCCCCAGUUCUGACUGGCUCUGAUGAUACUGUCCCCACCUUUUUUUUUUUGUCUUUUCAGCAGCCAGCCCCUUAAAUGAAGCCGUAUCUGGCCUUGUUCUCCUCCCUCCCCCCAAAUCACCCCUUUUUAUAGCAAUAGAAACCAGAUCAGGCAGACAGAGGACAGGAGAGAAGAGAGGAGAGGUAAAUGAAUAAAUCAUUCGAGACAUCCAUUAUUGAAAGUAAACUGUCCCAGACUGGAAUCUCCUCUCCUCUCUGCCCAACCUCCCAUCUUCACAAGAACUGAGCCCCAGAAUCUUACAGCCUUGGUUUAGUGUGAGGGCAGCUGCUUUUUAGUGAGCACUACCUUCAACUUAAAUUUAUAGUGUCAUAUUACUUUGUAUGCAUAUUUUGCCUGGGACUGUAAGCAUAUAAUUCUGUCUGUGCUGUCGCUGACUUAUCCAUCUGUUACUUGGCAUUUGUAUCAUUUUACAGAAACUACGCACGUUUUUAGCCACAGUUACAAAGUAUGUUGAAUAAUUUGACCAAGGACGUUGUUCACGUAAAUGAAUUUCAUUGAAGUGGCUGGAUUGUCAGAACGUCAGACUUGCUUCAGCAAAUUCAAACAAUUUUUGCCUUGUAAUUAUUUGCUGUGUGUGUUAGAGAUAUUUUUAUUUAACAAAAAACAAACAAAACAUUGUUAUGUGCAUUUGGCUGUGAGUGGGUCUGGUAAGAAUCUGAGGUGCACUGAGGGAAAAUGCAGAGGAAGGGAACAGGGGAAAAAAAACACUGUAAUCUGUGGUGAAGCAGCUACUGCAGGUCUGUAUAGCCAAAUCAAUUGAAAUUGAAUGACCUCGGCUUCCAUGCAUCUUCAGCAGCCUGUGUUUGUGGUAAACUUACUGGAUUAUACAAGCUCCUCGGGGUGCACUGCUGUCCUUAGCGUUAGGUUGACCAAGUCACAGUGCCAGACCACUCACUCAAACUUGACUCUCUCAAAUGUGCCUCAUGCAGCAUUGCUCUGGGUGAUUGCUCUCUGAAUCCUCUCUUAUUUCCUCCUUUUGUCUGAAUUCACUGCAAAUUCACCACAGCAUGCUUAAAAUGGCCUUGGCUAGAUUUCUGUUGUUUCCAGUCAAAAAAAAAAAAAAAGCAUUUGAGAUAAGUGGUUUGGGAGGUUUGUCCAGUCUCAUCAUGUCCGAUCGAUAGUGUAUUUCCGGAAGUAGGGAGGAAUUCAUUGAGACAGAG